AUGGAGAAGCUGCUGUCCUCGGCGACGGCGUCGCACGAGACUGUACCGGAGCGGUUCCACCUGCCGCCGGAGCUGCGACCACCGGCCUUGGCCGCGGCGCCGGUGUCGCUGCCGGUCAUCGACCUCUCCGGCAGCCGUGACGAGGUCCGCAGCGCCGUGCUCCGCGCGGGGAAGGAGUUCGGCUUCUUCCAGGUGAUCAACCACGGCGUGCCGGAGCGUGCGAUGCGGGAGCUGGAGCUCGCGUGCGUCGACUUCUUCCGGCUCCCGGCGGCGGACAAGGCGGCGUUCUACUCGGAGGACACGGAGCGGACCAACCGGCUCUUCUCCAGCACCAUGUACGAGUCCGGCGCCGGCGAGAGCUACUGGCGCGACUGCCUCCGGCUCGCCUGCCACCCCGUGGAGCGCACCAAGCCCGGGUGGCCGGAGAAGCCCGCGGCGCUCCGGCCCGCCCUGGAGGGCUUCAUCGUCCCGGCACGCAGCGUCGGGAUGGAGCUGCUCCGGCUCCUCUGCGAGGGGAUCGGGCUCCGUCCCGACUACUUCGACGGCGACCUCAGCGGCGGCGAGGUCAUCCUCAACGCCAACCACUACCCGCCGUGCCCGGACCCCGGCCUCACCCUCGGCCUGCCGCCGCACUGCGAUCGGAACCUCAUCACCGUGCUCCUCCAGCCCGGGUACGUGUGCGGGCUCCAGGUCUCCUACGGCGGCGGGUGGAUCGACGUCGAGCCGGUGGCCGGCGCCCUCGUCAUCAACUUCGGCCACCAGCUUGAGAUCGCCACCAACGGGCUGCUCCGGAGCGUGGAGCACCGGGCCGUGCCCAACGCGGUGGUGGCCAGGACCUCGGUGGCGGCGUUCAUCAUGCCGACAAUGGAUUGCAUGGUGGAGCCCGCCAAGGAGCUCGUCGGCGAGGGCAGCCCGGCGAGGUACCGGAGCAUAACGUUUCGGGACUUCAUGCGCGUCUACAAGACCGUCGGCGCUCGCAGGGAGAGCGUCGAGAAGGCCUUCAGGAUCUGA